CUUUGGAAAAGCACUUUUGGGACAAUCAUGACCUGGAUGAUGGAGAUUCUACAUAGACCUCCAAAGGGUGAAUGGAAGCAGGUUCAACCUUGGCUUCUGACCAUUAGAAGGAGCAGGUUUUCUGGCCACUGCAAAGUUCAGACAACCUGGGUCGAAUCGGAGGCUGUUUUAGCUGAAAAGGUGGGCAGCCUCAGCUCCGGAGGAAGGAGGUGGUGGGUGGUUUAAUCAUCAAUUCCCUUCGGCUUGGAAGCAGCUAGAAGGAAGCCACGCUGAGCUUGUCUUCUCUUCCGGGCUGACACACGGCGUCCAUGGAGAACGAUUCCCACACAGAAAUCCCUGCUCUUUCGCCGCAGUUCGGCGUUCCAGAUGCGGUGGUGGUGGUGAUGUAUUUCCUUUUGAACCUGGCAGUUGGCAUCUGGUCGUCAUGCAGGGCAAGUAGGAACAGCGUGAGUGGUUACUUUCUGGCUGGAAGGAACAUCGCCUGGUGGCCGAUCGGUGCUUCGCUCUUUGCCAGCAGCGAAGGAGCCGGCCUCUUCAUCGGGCUGGCCAGCAGUGGAGCCGCCGGCGGAGUCGCCGUGGCCGGCUUUGAGUGGAAUGCCACCUACGUGCUGCUGGCCUUGGCCUGGCUUUUCGUUCCUGUCUACCUUUCGUCAGAGAUCAUCACCAUGCCAGAGUAUCUCCAGAGACGCUUUGGAGGGGAGCGAAUUCGAAUCUGCCUGUCCUUCUUGUCACUCCUGCUCUCCAUCUUCACCAAGAUAUCUACAGACUUGUACUCCGGAGCCCUCUUCAUUCAGAUCUGCCUCGGCUGGAACCUCUACCUUUCCACCCUCCUGAUGCUGGUGGUGACUGCUGUCUAUACCAUCGCAGGUGGGCUGACGGCUGUCAUCUAUACCGACGCUCUGCAAACCCUCAUCAUGGUGGUUGGUGCGAUCAUCUUGACGGUCAUUGCCUUCCACCGGAUUGGGGGCUACCACAACCUGGAAGAGGCCUACUUAGCUGCCAUCCCAUCCAAGAUUGUCCCCAACACAACUUGCCACCUGCCCAGGCGGGACGCCAUGCAUCUCUUCCGGGAUCCCAUCACUGGAGACCUGCCCUGGACGGGCAUGACUCUGGGCCUGACCGUCUUGGCCACGUGGUACUGGUGCACCGACCAGGUCAUUGUCCAGAGAUCCCUCUCGGCCAGGAGUCUCAACCAUGCCAAGGCCGCCUCCAUCCUUGCCAGCUACCUGAAAAUGCUGCCUAUGAUUGUCAUUGUUAUGCCGGGCAUGAUUAGCCGAAUUCUCUACCCAGAUGCUGUUGGAUGUGUUGAUCCGGAACAAUGCGCUCAAGUCUGUGGAACAGAAGUUGGAUGUGCCAACAUCGCCUAUCCCAAAUUGGUGAUGGAACUGAUGCCCAGCGGUCUACGGGGCUUAAUGGUGGCGGUGAUGAUGGCUGCCCUCAUGUCGUCCCUGACGUCCAUCUUCAACAGCAGCAGUGCCCUCUUCACCAUGGACAUCUGGAGGAAGGUCCGGCAGGAGGCCAGUGAGAAGGAGCUGCUGCUGGUUGGAAGGGUGGUGACCGUCGUCCUGGUGGCGGUGAGUGUGGCGUGGCUGCCCAUCCUGCAGAGCUCCAACAGUGGUCAACUCUACAUCUACAUUCAGUCGGUCACCAGCUACCUGGCCCCUCCCGUCACUGCUGUCUUUCUCCUGGCUGUGUUUUGGAAGAGAGCCAAUGAGCAGGGGGCCUUUUGGGGCCUGAUGGUGGGGCUGGCAGUGGGGCUGAGCCGGAUGAUCUUGGAGUUUGCCUACCCCGUCCCCCGCUGUGGCGUCCUGGACCAUCGGCCUUCGUUUAUGAGGGACCUGCAUUACCUCCACGUCGCUCCCCUGCUGUGUCUCCUGACUGUAGGCAUCGUGGUGGGCAUCAGCUGCCUGACGCCAGCCCCGUCUGAAGCCCAGAUAAAGGAUGUGACUUGGUGGACCCGACGGUCCCUGGAGGUGCCUUCAUCUGCCCAUCUCUCCGGACCCCCUUCCCUGCCUGGCACGGAGAAAGACGCUGCCCCAGGAAUCCUCCAGGCGGGGUCCUUCUGCACCGAGAGGGACGCUGAAGGUGCCCCAGGGAAGGGUGGCCAGAGCAAGCAGAGGGCAGCUGGCUUCUGGUCCCGGGUCUGCUCUGCCAACGCCGUGAUCCUCAUCUGCAUCAACGUCUUUUUCUACGCUUACUUCGCUUGAAAGGGUUUUUUUGGGGGGUGGGGGGGCAAGAAGGGUGAGAUCAAAGGAAGGGACUUCAAAGGGGAUUUGUGGGAGCUUUUCAACAGAUUUCAGCCGUGGGGUUCUUGGCAAAGCAAAGGGGCUUUUGGAAAAAGGAUCUGGGGGAGGGAUAGGGAACAUUUCUCCGAAGGGGUUUAAAUGGAGAACUUUAUUUCACGAAGAGAUUUUUUUUUUCUAGGAAUAAAAGAAAUGACUUGGGGGGCAGGAGAGAGUUCUGAGCAGCAAGGAGUUUGUAAAUCCUGGUUGCCACUUUGCCCGCAGAGAAGAUAAAACCCAAUAAAUCACUUUUUUGGAACUUGUGUCCCUGGCAGAGAAGAGCAGCUUAGGGAGAUGAGAGCUGCCAUCCCAUCUCCUUGGAGGGCCCCUGGGGUGGUCUGAGGGCCACUUAGAGGCUGUAUGGUGGCCGGUCCCCAGCAAGGGAGUCCCACCAGGUGGAAAAGAGCUUCCAGCCCGACACAGCCCUGCCUGAGAAGCUUUGGGAGCACCUCUGCAGGGCGCUGAGCAAACACCUGACUUAGGGCAGGUCUCAUAAAGAUUAGGAGGGCAGCAGAAGGUCAAGGAGGGGACCGGUGGACUUCCUGACCUGCUGGAUGGUUUUUGGCGCCUUCAUUCCUUGCACUUGGCAGCUGACCAAGAGGACUGUGCAGCAGAGGGAGCUGGACUGGGCAGCAAAACGCCAAGGAAAGGCUUAGAAAGAGAAAGAAAGAAGCAGGAGGGAAAUUCCCCCAUCUGCUUCCUGAGUCCAGAGGUCCACUGGUGGGAAUCAUUUUGGCAUCCGUAGGAUCACUUUUGAGGAUCUCUGCCAAGGUAUGAGAUCAAAACUCAGCAAGUCACCCAGAAUAUGUCUGAAGAUUGGCAGAAAAUCUUCUGCAGCAGUCAGGAGGGGCUCUAAGACCAGGGCAACCGGGUGGGGUGGGUGGCAUCCAGAGCAGUGUCUCUCAACCUCGGCCACUCUAAGACUUCAACUCCCAGAGUUCCCCAGCCAGCAUGCUUCACAUGGUAUCUCUAGGCGGGACCUCUCCACUGGAAGUUUGCGCUCCACGUGUUUUGUCAAGGGAUGCUGGGAACUGUAGUUCUUUUCCCCUACAAAUAUGGGGUGAUGGAAACUUGUGACGAAUUGUCUCCACACCAGCCCCAGUGGAUCAGAUCCACC